AUGUUUGUCCUAAUCAAGUCCAAGAUUUCAGGAGGCACGGGCUGGGGAAGAAGAUUUGGUUACGGAGGCUACAACAGAGGCUUUGGCUUCCGUCGUGGAUACGGCCUUGGUUCAAUGAGCAGCGGGCACAGUUUCCGAAACGCACUCAUCGGAGGAGCGCUAGGUGCAUUUGGAGGUAUGCUUAUGUACGAUGCAGGGCGAUAUUUAAUAAAUUCGAUGGGACGCCCAUUUCACUACGGUAAUCGAAACUAUUAUUGGGACGAUUACCGUGAUGAUCUCAGCAACAAAAUUGUUUGCUCAGUCACAGUUGACGAACUGAUUAAGCUUCCGAAGGAUGAUCAAAGGCGAAGACGACAAGUUACAAACGGUUCAGUUGUGGAAACUACUACACCAAACUCCAGUGAUAUCCUUGCAAAAGUGCAAUAUAAGAAUGGUACCAAGCCAAAAACAAUCGUGUGGGCUUGCGAAAGUCAUGAAGUAUGUUGCGGUAUUGAGUGUUGUCCAGCAGAAGGCACAAAAGGCAUUUCGUUUGUUAAGAACAUAGGCUGGAUAAUAUUCUUUGUCGCCCUUGGUCUACUUGUCUGCUGUUGUUUGAUUUGGAGCAUCUAUGCUUGUAAUCGGCCUCCACAAGGUAUGCCAGUCCCUCGACAGCAAUACCCUGCCCCCGAGUAUGAGGCUGAUGCUCCAUAUGAUGUUGCACCUUAUGGCAACGCUCCAUAUGAUGCUCCACCGUAUGGCUCAGCUUAUCCUGCAUAUCCAGGAUACGGUUAUUCACAAUAUGUUCCUGCUUAUGUCCAGCAGCCAUACAAUAUGCCUCCUGCUCCAAGUCCAGGUUAUUAUUCCGAGCCACCUGUACCUCCUGGCUAUCCCACUUCACCUUAUUAUCAACCUUCUGAUUAUGCUGCCCAAGAAAAUCCGCCUAUUCCUCGUUCCCGCCCCAGCUAUUCAGCCGAAGGUGUAGAAUCGCGGCAGCGAGUGAAACACAAACGAUCUGCUGAAAAACGGUCUCAUGAAUCGAAGCAGAAACGCCAUCAGGAAUCAUCAGUGCAAAAAGAAGCCAGUGUAUCACGUGAGCAGAAAAUAGGGACAAGGGAAGUAAAGGACAAAGAUUCAAAGGAAGGUCAGGAUUAAUGAAUCAGUAAUUAACUAGAAGCAUAUCAUAAUUUACAUCAAGUCACAUAUUCUACGGUUGAAAUAUAAGAAAUAAAGCAUCGUUUUUGCGUGC